AUGGCUUCACUGUCAGAUAGCAAAGCGCACUUCCUUGCCAGAGCAAAAGAGUAUGAGGUGCCAGAUGAUUUGAUCAACAACAUGCGAUUGGCUGGCGUGUCAACACUUGGACAUUUAGCUUUUGCUUUCCUGAGGCCAGGUCAGGAUUUCGAAGAACGUCAGUUCAAUGAAUGGGCUACUGCUGUCAAUUUAGGCAAUGCACCAUCCAUGGGAGCACUUGCAUCCUUGCGUCGUUUGCAUUUUGAAGCAGAGAUUGUUUUGACUGCAACCUUGAAGGCAUCGGUAGAACAGCCACAGGACUUAAGCACGCCGAGACCCAUGCCUCAUGCAGAAAGGUCAGCGAGACUUGAGCAAAUCAAAAGGCAAUUCCCAGGACUUUCAAUGGAUGGCAUGCACGAACCCUCUCAAGCUUUGUUGGAUGAAUGUACUCACCAAUAUGAUGCAAGAGCCAUACGUUACAUUGAACCUGCAAAGUGCAAUUCACGUGAGAUGGAAGUUGCCAUGGGUAAGUCAGAUCGAAAGCUUCGCAUUGAGUCCAACUCCUUGACUGUAAAAGAAACGAAAAGCACUCCUGAGGAAGAUGUUUCGACUGCAUACAAACUUCAGAUGUGCCUGAAACGUAGAGCGAUUGCAUAUGAAUUCUCUGGCUUGCUGUCUUUUGAGGUGCAUGAAAAAUACAUUGACAAGCUGAUGCGUCGCCUCAACACUGAGCCGCCACCUCAUUAUUUAGCAACUUCUUUGAGCCAGAUCCUCAAAGCUGACAGGGAGGUUUGGAUUUACAUGGCACAGCAUGUUUCAGAUGUGAGACCGGGAGCAGAUGGAAGCCGUCCUUUAGAUGCAGCAUUACAUGAAGCCUUAGCUGACUAUAAUGUGCAGUGGGUCGAGAUGCAAAAGGGCGUGCAAUAUGCUUCAACUAUAACCUUUCAGAAUGUCAAGUUUGCUGUUGGACAGAUUGCAAAUCUGUCUCCUGCGGAGAUUGCGCGCAAAAGAACUGAUUUUUUCAUUUACUGGCAUCAAAGGGCCAAAGAGUUGAAACCGAAAGAAGAUGAAAUCCGUGCCUCCAUGGACCCUGUAGUCAGUCAUGCUGUUGAACGAAAAAGGCUUGCCUUGUUUGCAGAGAUGUUGGAAUUUUACCGGUACCCUGACAAAGAGGUUAUUGACGAAUUGGUAAAAGGAGCUUCCUUAGUGGGUGAAGUUGCCAUCACCAACAUGCUGCCGGUUAAGUUUACUCCAGCCCUUUUAACAGAGAGCUCCUUGAGGAAGCAGUCAGCCAUGCGAAGACCACAAGUGGAAAGAGAUUGCAAAAGCUCAGGUGAUCCAGAAGUUGAUCUAGAAGUCUGGCAACAGACCAUGCAAGAAUGUGAGAAAGGUUGGUUGGCUGGUCCUUUUUCUGCAAGCGAAGUCCCAUUGGACGCUCCUAUGUCCAAACGUUUUGGCCUCAAGCAGAAGCAUAAAGUAAGAUUGAUCGAUGAUUUUUCCGAGUCUUCUGUGAAUCAGACCGUGACUGUGCAUGAGUCACCUACUUUGCACACGGUUGAUGUUGCAGCUGCUUCUCUUGCCUAUUGGUUUCAAUGUAAAGGAACUUCAAAGGGUGCCACUUCCCUUCAUGUCCGGACUUUUGAUUUAUCCAGUGCCUAUAGGCAAAUUGCCCUUUGUGCAGAAGGUCGCAAGUAUGCAUACAUCCGUGUGUUUAAUCCCAACACCAAACAGUGGUCAUACUUUCAAGCGCUUGUUUUGCCGUUUGGAGCAGUAAAGAGUGUGCAUUCGUUCCUCAGGCUUGCAAGGUCCAUUUGGUGGCUUGGAUCAGUAGCCUGUUUGCUUAUGUGGACCUCUUUCUAUGAUGAUUACAUCGUCUUUAGUCCUCCAGAACUGGUGAGAAGUUCAGAAAUGACGGCAUCUGCACUUUUCGAAUUGCUUGGAUGGGAUUUCGCAAAGGAAGGGAGAAAAUGCGUUCCAUUUGGGACGUCUUGUGAGGCGCUGGGCGUUGUUUUCAACUUGGAGAACACUUCAGAUGGCCUGGCAUACAUCACCAACACGGCCUCCAGGGUUGAAGAAAUUGUUGCUGAAAUUCUUAAAGUGACUGCAGAAGGAGGGAUUACCCUUACAGCUGCGCAAAAACUUCGCGGUCGCAUGCAGUUUGCGGAGGCACAGUUGUACGGACGUACGGGAAAGAGAUGUUUGCGUGCUUUGAAGGAUGCUUGCUGCCGUAAGAGAACCAAGUUUCAAAACCACGAGAUUCACUCCCUCAAGCUGUUCUCUAAAAUGCUGGAGUUGGGCAGACCUCGAGUCAUUUCUUGGGAUAAAAGAAAUUCAGUGGUGAUUUUCACCGAUGCUUGCUACGAGAGAGAUGCCAAAGAUCUUGUAUGUGGACUUGGUGCAGUACUUUAUGAUGAGUUUACUGGAAAUCACAGGUUUUUCUCUUGUGCUCUUGACGAAGAACAACGUGCGAUGCUGGGAGAACGUAGCAAGAAGCAGAUUAUCUUCGAAGCGGAAACCUUUUGUGCAGUUCUGGCAUAUCUGGUAUGGUCUGACCACUUGAAUCUUAGGAAGUUCUGUGGGGUGAUCGUAUUGGCUCUGCUUGCAAAAGAUGCGCUGGCCAACAAGGUGAGAAGCUCCCUGCGCAGUAGUGCCUUGAGGCUCGAGACGUCAAUGGUGAUUCAAAAUCAAAAUGUCUGCCAGAACAAACUCGACUCUGUCUGGGAAGUGGACAAACUUCGGGAGGCUUUGUCCAAGGAGGAGAGAUGGAAAAUCGGGGAGCCCUGGCUGCUGAAGGCGACCUUCACCAACAACGGCAACGUUCCUCGGAAGUUUGGCUUUCAAGCUGGUCAGGACAAAGGCUUCUUGAACAUCAUCGUCCCUGCUGGUUGUGUCGAGUGCACCCUUUCCGCUUCGGAACCAGUCCUGACCUCUGCGGCUCAUGCAGAGUUUCAGUAUGGUGAUGACAAGCCUUUCACCAGUGGAGAGGUGACCAUGUCUAACAUCUGCUUGACUCCUCAGGUGUGCAAGGGCUUCAAGUGUCCCCAUCCUCAAACGCAGAAACUGAAAGCCAACGAGACCUUUGGCUAUUCUGAAGCAGCUUGCUGUGAGCCCAGGAUGUGCAAAGAUGAGAUUAGCUGUCUCCCAACCACUCAGUGGGAGCCUCGAAAAGACUUUGAGACUCGUCUUGGCUCUACCCCACAGGGCUGCUGCGUGGCCAAAUAUUGCCCUGCCGAUUUCUGUGAGAACAUCACUGGUUGGGACAAGAACCCGGCGACGGGAUUGAAAGGAAGCACCAAGGAGGAGUGCUGCAUCCAGAAGGAAUGCCUGGACUGGACCUGCUCCGAUGUGCGCAUCAUGCGGAAGAAACCCACCAUGGUUUUGGAUCCAGCCUCCAACAACAACGUCACGGUGAAGGGAUGGGGUGAUGUGGAGUGUUGCGAAGAGCAGAAGUGCGACGAGUUCCAAAUUCCGAAAGAGCUUGAAAGCCUUUGGAAGUUGAAGGACAACGCGGCGGAGGUCACCGGAAAUGAGCUGUCAGAAUGCUGUGAACCUCGCUUGUGCAAGGAUUUCAGCUGCCCCAACAAUACGCAGUUCCGUCCCAAGAACGCAUCUGCGACCUUGGCAGGGAGCACCGUGGAGCAGUGCUGCGAGAACUUGCUCUGCAGCACCUAUAGCUGCAGCAAUACCACUACGAUGCAGAAGAAGGUGAAGCCGCAUGAACGACCUGGGUCCACCGAUGAGGAGUGUUGCGAGCUGAAGUUUUGCAAAGACUACAAGUGCAGCGAUUCCAGCAAGUGGAUCCAUAUCUCUGAUCAGUUGGGCGUGAGCAACAUCGAUCGUCGCGGCAGCUCAGACGAGGAAUGUUGUGAAAAGAUCUUCUGCCGUGCAGAGACCUGCAGCCCCAGCACCCUGUGGAAACCCAAAGAGAAGGUGGAUGAAUUGCAGGGCAGCAGCAUGGAGCAGUGCUGCGAACCUGUCUACUGUGGCAAUUUCACCUGUGAUACUGACGAUGAUGGUGAUGGUGACGGCACCAUGUGGUACAAGAGGGUGGACACCAACACGUACAGAUGGCAGGGCAGCACCAACGAGGAGUGCUGCUUGCCGAAAUACUGCAGUCAGUACACCACCUCCACUCCAACACAGUGGAAAAGAAAGGCGCAAAAAAACCUGCAGGGCAGCACGGAUGUGGAGUGCUAUGACCAACUGAUGUGUUCGGACUAUUGCUGCGUGGGAGCGGGUUGGACGAAGAAGCCUGAGCCACAGACUCGCCCCGGAAGCACCGAUGAAGAGUGCUGCACACGUGCCGAUCUGCCCGACACGCACGUGAAGCAGGUCCGCUGA